CCGGGAGUGAGGGCGUUAUUUUUAUAUUCAAGUUCAUGCGAACCUUUAAUUAUGUGUCCGUUGUGGUAAGGCAUGUUUAACUUAGUAAUAACGACAGAAUACUGUAUUGGAGAGAACGUGAACCUAGCAUAGCAUAGGAUGUCUUCGUCAUAUGGCGGGCCACUGCUUCCCCUGUGUGAUGGAGCUAAGGAUGGUUUUGUUCGAGUGAGGAAAUCAGACCUGGAAAGGUUGACCACAGAGGUCAUGCAGUUAAGGGAGUUCCUGCCCAGAGUUGUGAACAGUGAUUUGAUUGACAUGCUACAUAAAACUAGAGUAACGCAAACAGUGAAAGAGCACCUUACACAGGAACAGGAGCAUUUGCAGCAGGAGUGUCUUCAUCUUCAGUCCAGACUGAAUGUGUUACAAAUUGAAUGUCAAAGGGAGCGAGAGGAGAAAUUGCUGUUGCGUGAGCAGCUCUGGCAGAGUGGAGCUGAGUUGCAACAACAGGCUGACUUCUGCUUCAGUCUUGGUUCUGCAGUCUGCAGCCUUCUGUGGAACUGUUCUACAAGGGAGGACAUGGUUAAACAAUGGCUGGCUGAUGGAACCCUGCCGGCCUUUCUAGCGGUGGCCACGCAGACUCUGAGGAGCUUUGUAAGUACUCUGGACGAAGAUGUGAAGAGUCGAUAUGAGGACUACAACACCCAAGAGUACCAAUUUGUUUUGGCACUAACUGGAACCAUUACUAACAUAGCGGCUGUAACCUGUGGGCGGGACUUCCUCUCUAGCUCAGCACACGGUCUGUUGGACACGCUGAUAAAGUUGUUGGAACUGAUGAAGCCUGGUGUAUUCCCAAAACUGAAAGUAUUGAUGCUAAUGGGUCUUUACAAUGCCAGUAUCAGUGUGAAGGGUCUGAAGUACAUGAUUGAGAACCCAGCACUGCUGCCUCUUAUUCGGACUCUGCUUGAAGACAGAUCCUGGGAAGUGUGCCUCCACUGCUUGCGUCUUCUGCAGUCAAUACUGCUGGAAGAUGUAGCGCAGCCUAGCCUGGGUGCUGCUCUGCUGGAUACGGACCUCCAGGUCCGUAUUCGCGGUUUUACUUCGAGUGUUCAGCCCAGCUUGAGACUGUUAGCUCAGCAGACCUUAGCGGACCUCCAGGUGCUCAUGCAGGUUCAAGGAUGCAAACAGUGACAUGCCUUUCACUUUUUUUGUUCUGUUUUCCCCUGUUUUGUCCUUGUUUGGGAUGAGUCAAGG